UGAGCGCGGAGGAAACAUGGCGACCACGUCCGAAGAGCAGCCGGCUGCAGUACACUAUAAUUAUGAUCCAGAGUCUGACCCAGAACCGCAGGACGAAAGUGAGUCUGUUGCUGAGUCGCAGCCGCGGUUACAGCAGGAUGUCUCAGAACGGAUGGAGGUGGAUGGCUGGGACCCAAGCCUGGAGGAAGAGCUUGGCAUUUCUCUGGAUGAGCUCAAGAAAUGGAUCGAAGAAGCUGUGGAGAAGAGCGAGAUUGUACAGAAGAAAAGAAAUCAGUUGACUGAGCUUAAGGAAUGGGUGGAGCAGAAAGAGGAGGAGGAGGCGAAGACAGAGAUGCUUCUUAAUGAUGCCAACCAGUCAGUAUUAGAGUGUGAGAAGCUGGUGAAGGCAGCUUAUCAAAGUAAUGGUCUUGUCUACCGGGAGAGCAGCUCGGAGGACGAGGGAGGUGGAGGAGGUGCACUGGCCUCUGAAGUCAUUGAGAUAGAUGAUGACGAUGACGACGAUGUUAUUGCUGUUGGCUGUUUGGUUCCCCCAAAGAAGACUUUAACUCCUUCCAAAGACCCUGUGUUAAAAGAAGCUUCUGCAGUUCUGCAGAAAACCACCCAGCAGGUGCAGAAAACAUCCCAGCAGGUGCAGAAGUUGGUCCAAAUUGUCAACAAACCCUCACCAAGUGCACAUUUGCUCCGGUCUCCAAUGCAGCCUUCAGGUAUCCAGGGUUCAGCACCAGCAGUGUUUAUAUCCCAGGCUCCGUCAUCACAAGCAUCGACCCAGCCAAACCCUAACAUGAAAGAGGAUGAACUUUUAGUCGGGAUGAGCAUUCUGGGAAAGAAACGCACCAAGACAUGGCACAAAGGCAACCUCGUUGCUAUCAACGCUGUCGGAAAUGGUGUGUUCAAGUAUAAAGUGAAGUUUGAUAAAGGCAAGAGUCUGCUGUCUGGAAACCAUGUGGCUUUUGAUUACAACCCCACCCUGGAGAGUCUGUACGUCGGCGCUCGAGUUGUUGCUAAAUACAAAGAUGGCAACCUGGUGUGGCUCUAUGCAGGAAUCGUAGCAGAGAUGCCCAACAACAAGAACCGCAUGAGGUUCCUGAUUUUCUUUGACGAUGGCUAUGCUUCGUAUGUAAUACUACCUGAACUCUAUCCAAUAUGCAGACCAUUAAAACAUACUUGGGAGGACAUCGAGGAUGCAUCGUGUCGAGACUUCAUCGAGGAGUACAUCUCUGCUUAUCCCAGCAGGCCAAUGGUGCUCCUGAAGGUCGGCCAGAUAAUCAAGACGGAGUGGGAGGGAACCUGGUGGAAGAGUAAAGUGGAGGAGGUGGAUGGCAGCUUGGUCAAGAUCCUGUUUUUGGAUGACAAGCGGAGCGAGUGGAUCUACAGAGGAUCCACCAGGUUGGAGCCCAUGUUCAAUCUGAAAAUGACAACGGCAAACACCCACGAAAAGAAGCUGGCUGGCCACCAGAGAACAAGACCUAAUAUGGGGGCGUUGAGGAGUAAAGGCCCAGUUGUUCAGUACACCGGGGUCGAACACGUUGGGUCGUCUCCUGUGAAAGGAUCACAGGCUCCAGCUACUGAUUCUCCAACAACGCCGCAGAUUCAACCCCGUCCACAAAUACAGCAACCCCAGCAGAGUCAGCAACCCCAGCUUACCCAGCAUACCCAUCAUACGCAGCUUACCCAGCAAACCCAGCAAACCCAGCAUAGCCAGUUUACCCAACAUACCCAGUAUACCAAGCUAAGCCAGCAAACCCCUCAGACACCACAACAAACUGUGCAGCCUAUUCGCAUUGAGAAUAAACAUCAGAUGGCAAAGAAGAGCACAUCUCCAUUUGUCCCUGGUAUUGGGGGCACGCAUGCCUCCAAACUCUUGCAGUCUGCAUCCUCCAACUCCAUCACUCUCUCCAAUGUAAGAAUAUUGACUACUGCAAGUACUGCCCCAUCCAAUUUGACGCAGUCGUAUCAGAGACAGUUGUCCUCUCUGGCUCCCGCCCCGGCUCCCGUGACGCAUGCGCUGGCCACCAUCCCUCAGCAGCCCUCGUACCGAGCCCCGACAGACCGCAUCUUCUACCUGGCACACACAUGCCAACCUGCUUGCCUAAACCGGGUUCGACCGGUAAAAUCCGACAUGCACAGAGGGAAGAACCCCCUCCUCAGCCCUUUGCUGUACGAUUUCAGACGCAUGACAGGACGACGCAAAGUCAAUCGCAAGAUGUCUUUUCACGUGAUCUACAAAGCUCCGUGCGGACUUUGCCUUCGUAACAUGGGAGAGAUCCAGCAGUACAUCUUCCAGACCCGCUGUGACUUUAUAUUCCUUGAGAUGUUCUGUCUGGACCCCUACGUACUUGUGGAUCGGCCAUUCCAGCCGCAAAGGCCCUUCUAUUACAUUCCAGACAUCACUGGCGGAAAGGAAGACAUCCCGCUUUCCUGUGUCAACGAGAUUGAUACCACCCCACCUCCUAACGUCGCCUACAGUAAAGAGCGUAUUCCCGAAGAUGGAGUAUUUAUCAACACGAGUGCAGACUUCUUGGUUGGGUGUGAAUGUACUGACGGCUGCCGAGACAAAUCCAAAUGCUCGUGCCACCAGCUGACUCUUCAGGCUACAGGUUGUACGCCGGGAGGGCAGAUCAACCCACACGCAGGAUACCAGUACAAGCGAUUAGAGGAGUGCCUGCCCACAGGGAUCUACGAGUGUAAUAAAAGGUGCAAAUGUUGUGCUCAGAGCUGCACUAACCGACUGGUGCAGCAUGGCCUGCAGGUCCGACUCCAACUGUUUAAGACUCAGAACAAAGGUUGGGGCAUCCGGUGUCUGGAUGACGUGGCCAAAGGCUCUUUUGUUUGCAUUUAUGCAGGUAAAAUCUUGACAGACGACUUUGCUGACAAAGAAGGUCUCGAGAUGGGUGACGAGUAUUUUGCUAACUUGGACCACAUAGAAAGUGUGGAAAACUUCAAGGAGGGAUAUGAAAGUGAGGCUCACUGUUCGGACAGUGAGGGAAGCGGCGUAGAUGUGUCCAGGAUAAAAAUCCAGCCGUCUGCUUUAGCAUCGAGCGCCGCUGGCCGACCGCCCAAGAAAAACCGUAGCUCAAACUCAUCAGAUGACAGCAACGAGGACGACGAGAAAGACUCAAAGAGCGAAGAUGAGAGUGACAGUUCAGACGACACGUUUGUGAAGGACAACUACUUCAGCUCCAGUUCUGUGUGGAGAAGUUACACCACACGUGGUCAAGCCAAGGGCAACAAGGAAGGGAGUCAAGACAGUAAAGACGGAAUGAGCAUCUCAGUCAAAGGAAGAGACGAUGAGAAGCCGCCGUCCAUGCCAGAAGAGACGGGGAAGAGCAAAGUGGCGUCCUGGCUGACGAGCCACGGGAUGAAGAAAGAAGGCGAGGAUAGCAAGAAUCAAAUGAAGACAGAAUCUGGGAAAAAGCAGGACGUGAUGACCGUCUCUGACAGCGAUGAUGUUCAGACCAUCAGCUCAGGAUCUGAAGACAACAAGGAGAGGGAGAGGGAGAAGGUCACCCCAGGUGUGAUUAAAAAGCAGGUGGCAGUAAAAUCUACCCGAGGCAUUGCCCUGAAAAAUAGCCACAGUAUGAUGGUGAAAACAAGUACACCUGGAGGUGGGGGAGGGUCAUCGGGUCAGGGGGGGAAACAUGGACACCAGGGCCAAACGGGGGGAGGAGGAGGAGGAGGAGGAGGAGGAGGAGGAGGAGGAGAAAACCCUCCCAAAUUCACUCGCCUGUUCUUCGAUGGUGAAGAGUCGUGCUACAUCAUUGAUGCCAAGCUGGAGGGAAACCUUGGCCGUUACCUCAAUCACAGCUGCAGUCCUAACCUGUUCGUCCAGAACGUGUUUGUGGACACGCAUGACCUGCGGUUCCCCUGGGUGGCAUUCUUUGCCAGCAAGCGGAUCCGGGCCGGCACAGAGCUCACCUGGGACUACAACUAUGAGGUGGGCAGCGUGGAGGGGAAAGAGCUGCUGUGCUGCUGUGGAUCCACGGAGUGCAGAGGAAGACUGUUGUGAUCUUGGUGUGAUCCUGCUGCACCUCUGCUGCUUUUGUACGAAACUUCUAGGAGCCCUUCAACACUAUUAACCCCCUUGCCACCAGCCCCCCCCCCCCCCCCCCCCCCUUUUUUUUCUAAGUUGUUUUAUGAUUUUUUUCCCUCUUUGUUUGUGCUUUUAUAUCGUAUUGGCCUGUUACUUGAGUCGUCUUGUGUUGUCUGACCAUGUUUUCUUAACAUCUGAAUAAAAAUGUCUUGAAUCACUCAA